CGUCGUCGUGGUUCCCGCUCCCGCCAUGGACGUUUUCAUCCACUCCGCGGCCUCUCGAUUCCCGCUGCCUCCAUCCGGCCGCUCGUCCCGCGCAUCUAUCCGUCAAUGUGCCCUCUCCGUAAGAUCGCAGUUGAGCCUUCCUUUCGUAGAGAAGGAAGCAAAGUACCAUAAGCAUCUCCAAGCAGCUGUUGAUGUGGUCGAGCGCGCCUGCCAUCUCUGUGUUGACGUGCAAAAGUCAUUGUUUUCUAGUGAUAAAAGUAUCAUUGAGAAAAUCGAUCAGACACCUGUUACUGUUGCUGAUUUUGGAGUUCAAGCUCUUAUUAGCCUCGAGAUGAGCAAACUAUUUCCUUCAAUUCCACUGGUAGCUGAGGAGGAUUCAGGGUUCGUGCGUGAAAAUAAUCUAGCAAGUGCUGUUUUUGCUGAGGUUACAGACAAGUCAUCUAUCAGUGAUAAAGAAUUGAGUGAAGAAGACAUUCUGAAGGCAAUUGAUAGAGGGGGGAAAGAUGCUUAUUUGUUUGGACCUGAGCCAACUACUUAUUGGAUAUUGGAUCCUAUUGAUGGGACAAGAGGAUUUGUCAAAGGUAGUGAGGCUCUCUAUGUGGUAGGUUUGGCUUUAGUAGUUGAAGGGGAGAUUGUUUUAGGUGUUAUGGGAUGCCCAAACUGGAAGGAUAGCGAUUCUGAUGUAUUGAACACUGAUGGAGCUGAGGAAAAUGUUUCCAGAUCAGGGAUUAUUAUGAUAUCUCAUGUCGGUUAUGGAACAUGGAGAACAAGACUAUGGGAUUCGCCGAAUAGCAAUAUCAAAAUGGCUCGUAACUGGAUUAGGUGUGUGGUUGAUGGGCUUCACAAGGCCGGUGAAGCGCGAUAUUGUAUUCCAGAGAGUCAAACAUGGGAGUCAUUACCGUUAUCUACUCAGUAUAGUGCAACGACUUGUGCUAACAAUGUUGGAGAGAAACAGAUUCUUCUUCUCCGUGCUUGCUGUGGAAGUCUCUGUAAGUAUCUGAUGGUGGCAUCUGGAAGGGCAUCGACUUUCAUAGCCCGUGCAAGGAGAAAAAGAACUAUAAAGGUCUGGGAUCAUGCUGUGGGAGUCAUAUGCAUUCAUGAAGCAGGGGGAAAGGUAACUGACUGGAAGGGCAGUGAACUUGACUUUGCUGCUGAUGAAAAAGAACGAAGAGUUUUAUUCCCUUCUGGUGGUAUUUUGGUGACGAACGAUGGAUUACAUGAUCAGAUACUGCAGAUUAUAUCAGCCAGCUGAUGAUCACUUGAUUUAAUUUGCUAAUCCACCAUGGUUACAGACAUACUCAAUUCUUGAUCUGCAUCUGCAGAUCUCAAUUCUUUAAAAUUGUGUAAUAUUGCGACUUGAUUCGGUUACUAGCAAUAAAAAACUAUGGAAUUAUCAACUGUGAAAUCUUUUGUAACCUUGUGAACAUUGAUUCAUCCAAUAUAACUGGUUACUAUUUACACCAUAUUUCAUUA